UGCGACUAGAAUUAGUCGGUAAAUAGUUUUGGACCCAUCAACAUGUCCGGUGGACUGCAAGUCGUCGACGGUUUCUGAUACUUUGCUGUCGUGUAGUGCAAGCACUGGUGUCGUCGCUGUGAAUGUCAUUAAAGAAAAUUUCAAAUUCAUUCAUAGAUUUUCCUCCCUCGGUUUACAUAAGAGCCAUAUAUCGUCGGGAAAUACCGAGAAACGUUGAAAAAAUUACAUUUUCCUUUCGAAAGGCAUGUGAUACGCGGAUAUUUCCUGUGAUAACACAAAAUAAUUAACAACAACAAAUAGUUUUAUAUGGUUGUCGCCUUAUCUACCACCCAUUUCGUAGCAGAUUUAUGAGUUCAUGGACAAAUCGAAAAGAAAUCCCUAUGCUUCAGUUUAUCAAGCCACCACCGUGCCGAUCAAGGUCAAAGACAAGAAACCGAAGAGGCGCGACAAAAGUGAUUUGGGUGAGGAUUUUAUAGCGCCCGACGGCGGUUGGGCAUGGCUGGUAUGCAUUGCGGCUGGAGUAUCGAAUCUUUCAAUUUAUCCCUGCGUACAACAAUUUGGUUUCAUUUUUAGAGAGCGUUUAGUGGGCUUGGGUCUCAGCAGCUCGGAAAUAACCACCAUAAUCAACACAAAUCCAGCAGUGUCGGCAUGUACGGGCCUUUUAAAUGGACCCAUGUUCAGACGCUUCACCUUUCGCCAGGUGGCCAUGGCCGGCUCCCUGCUGAUAUUUUUGGGCAUCAUCUUAACGGCUUUCUGUGAGACUUUUCUCGGUUACAUGAUCGCAUAUGCCUUACUUUUUGGUUUUGGCAUGGGUAUCAGCGUGUCCGCCUCCUCACUGGCCAUCAACACAUAUUUCAAGAACAAACGCAGAAAAGCAGCCGGAUUCUCGUGGACAAUUACGGGAGUGGGUCCAAUUGUUCUGCCGCACUUGGUCACCUUUUUGCUGUCCGUGUACGGUGUACAGGGAACGGUUUUCAUAUUUGCCGCCCUUUCGUUGCAUACCUUCAUGUGUGCCCUCAUAUAUCAACCGGUUCGAUAUCAUGCGCCAACGAGUAGUUCCAGCGACGCACAACCGGCAUCUGUGCUGGAGGACAAUACCCAACACAUGUGCAAGUACUGUGAGAUGCAGUUGAAAAAGCAAAAAGGCAUAUUUUCGUCCCAAUACCUCUAUCAGGAUGAUGACGAGGACAAGCCGGGCUUCGAAAUCAUUGAACCCGGCACACCCAUGUUGUCGCGAGCCAACGACGGAUGGUAUGGCUCCAGAUUGUCUCUGGCUUCCGGCAAACAUCGUUUGCGCACAAUUUCCAGCUCCAAGGACAUAGAGUCAGUCAAUCGUUUCGGUCGCAUGAUUAGCCAAGAGGAAGAACUCAAACAGAAAUCAGUUCUGAAACCCAACAAUUUCAAAAGGGAGAGAGAUAUUGCCCUGAACCAGGGCAUACAACACUCCAAAUACGGAGGGGCUACCUUGAAAUGUACCUGUGCCGAGGAGAGAGCUUUACUGGAACUAAAUAAAAUCCACGCAUUCGAUGACAUCUCAACGAAGGAGGAUCGCAAGGACCUUGACCAGGACAAGAAUUCCGAAGAUUCGGAAUUAAGUGCCUCCGAGAUGAGCUUUCUACAAAAGGUCGUUGCCUUCUUCGAUUUGGGUCUGCUACGUGAUUUCACAUUUGUGAAUUUGGUGGUGGGUUUGACCAUCAUUAAUUUUGGCGAGCUUAACUUCUCAAUAUUGACACCCUUCAUACUGAAUGAUUUCGGUCUGGAGAUUUCCCAAAUUACUCUCUCGACCUCAGUGCUGGGCGGCAUGGAUCUGGCCACACGAUUUGUGAUGCCCUUCCUAACCGAGAAGGUGGCAUGGGACAAUCGUGUAUUCUUCCUCAUUGGAGUGGUUGGCAUAGCUUUGGGUCGCACCGUUAUAGCCUGUACCCGCUCAUUCCCCGUCAUAAUCAGCACCUUUGCCGUAACGGGGAUCUUCAAGGGUGUACGCACAAUUUUCUGGCCUCUAAUUAUACCCAGCUGUGUUCCAUUGAAGCGACUGCCAGCAGCAUCCGGUCUACAGCUUUUAAUAUCCGGUCUAUUCACCUUGGCUGCUGGUCCAUUUGUUGGUCUCAUUCGUGAUCGUUUCAACUAUGCCAUUGCCUUGCAUUGUCUCAACAUGAUGACGUUCAUUGCAGCCAUUUCAUGGACGGCCGAAGCAUUGAUCCGUCGUUAUCUACAAAAGCCAAGUACACUGAAUUGUGAUUGAAUAUACCUACUUAUGUAAUAUAAUUAUAUAUUUAAGACUUUUGAACUUUGUACAUUUUCAAGAUGUAAAUAUGAAAUAAAUGAAAGAUUUUUUAAU